CUGGUACCACACGGCGGGGCGAGUGGGAGCCGGCUCACCGGGUGCUUCGCCUCCCACUAGCAGGCGGCGAGAGGGAAGCUCAGGUUCUCCUCGCCUCAAAGCCGGGGGGCGAGCGGGCCGGCCGAGCCCGCCCCUCAGCGCCAGGCUGCUCUGGGCAGCAGCCAGGACGGCAGCAGAGGCAGUCCUCGGACUUACGACAUAGUUGGUUCCUGAACAUUGCCUCGUAAAUUGAAAUGUCAUAACUCGGAACUGCAAUCCACUCCAUUGUGGGACCGAGCGUCGUAAAGUCAAAACCAAUUGUCGUAAGUCAAAUCGGGGUCAAUUCAGAAAUGUUAAAGCUGUGGUGAAGACAUGACUUCCAAUGGCAGUAAUGCAGAGAGAGUGAACCCUGUGCUCAGAGUAAGUCAGCUGGAUGCUCUUGAACUAAACAAAGCCUUGGAGCAGCUAGUUUGGUCCCAGUUUUCCAGCUGUUUUCAUGGAUUUAAACCAGGGCUGUUGGCUCACAUUGAACCAGAAGUAAAAGCAUUUUUAUGGCUUUUCUUGUGGAGAUUCACCAUCUAUUCUAAGAAUGCAACUGUGGGACAGACUAUUCUGAAUAUUCAGUACAAGAAUGACUUAUCUCAAACACAGAAAUAUCAGCCAUUGAGCAAACGCCAGAAGUUAUGGUAUCUUAUCUGCACUGUUGGCGGAAGGUGGUUGGAAGAAAGAUGCUAUGAUCUAUUCAGCAGUCGCCAACUAGAGUCAUUCUUCAGAACCAAGCAUUUCAUUAAUUUUGUAGCUGGACUUUUAAAACUUUGUGGACUACUGAACUUUCUGAUUUUCCUUCAGAAAGGAAAAUUUGCAACAUUUACCGAACGUAUUUUAGGAAUUAGAUCUGUCUUUUGUAGGCCUCAGAAUGUUCGUCAAAUAGGGUUUGAAUACAUGAACAGGGAACUUCUAUGGCAUGGCUUUGCUGAGUUUCUAAUCUAUCUUCUACCACUCAUUAACAUGCAAAAGCUCAAACUCAAAAUUUCAUCUUGGUCUUUGCCUAUUGCAGUUUUUUCCAAUAGCGAAAACACGUUAGCAGCACAUUGCAAGGAAUGUGCUGUAUGUGGGGAGUGGCCAACUAUGCCUCAUACCAUAGGCUGCUCACAUGUUUUCUGCUACUAUUGUAUUAAAAGCAACUGCCUAUUUGACAUGUAUUUUACCUGUCCUAAGUGUGGUACAGAGGUACACAAUCUUCAACCAUUGAAAUACAAAAUUGAAAUGACAGAAGUUCACACCCUCUAGAGUUUUGUGCAGUGCACUUGAAGCACAUACUUUAUUAUACAGUUUACUCUAUUCAGAACCCUAUUAAAUUGAUCAUUGUCCUCUUUGUUUACAGCAGUUUGAUCUUUCUCUGUCUUAGGUCUGUGAUAUAAUAAAGUCUGUAUUGACAUUAA